AUGACCGCGCCCGCCAACCCCGCCGCCCCGGGGUCGUCGGGCGCCGCGAAGCCGUCUAACGCUGCCGCCACCCCGUCUUCGCAGCCCGCCCGUGCCAGCCAGUCCGGCACAAAGGGCCAGCCCGGUUCAAGAGGGCAGCCCCGCGACCUCGGCCCCGAGCAGCUCCAAAAGCCCGAACUCGUGCAGGCCGCCACCUCGGGCUGCAAGUCGAACACUUGCAAAAAUGCCUUGCCCUUCAACUUUGAAAUGUCCGCCAACGGCUUCAGCCUAUGGCUCACCUUGCCCAUGACGUCCGGUCUCCUCAUCAUCAUAAACGAGGCACCCGAGUCCAGCAGCAGCGAAGUUACCGAGAAAUACACCCAGGCGUGCAUCGAAGGCGCUGCAGAUUUCGAUCCGGCUCAGGCUCCUGAAAUCUUCAGCCGAGUCUUGGCCGACCCGAAGUUGCAAAGCGCCAUCUCCAAGCCCGAACAGGUCGGCAAGGCGGUCCAGCAAACUGCCGACACGGUCAACCCCCCCAAGACCGACAAUGCUGUCCACGCCGCCGCUCAGCCUGUCGGCUUGGUGAUGUCUCCCGCCGCUGAUGGCGGUGGCUCGUGCUAA